ACUGGCCACAGCUGGUCUCUCUGCGCGCGAGCACCACCCCGGAGAGCAGAAGAGAGGGAGCGAGGCGCGAGGCAUGCGGUUACAGAGAACGUGGUUUCCCCCCGGAGAGCCAUGGAGAACGGGGAUGCGGCAGCGCGAGGCUUAAUCUGUGCGGGCGCGCUAAUUGGAUCGGAAUAACACACCAACGGCGUCUGGCGCGAGGGAGGAGAGCCCAGGACCGGCGGCGGCACGGCAGCCCACCGUUACCGAGGAUAAAUAACCAGAGUCCAUCUCCCAAAGUCAAUGAGUAUAGUGGCAGAGGAGCCCCCGCGGUGGAGUCGGCCAGAGCUGCGCUUUUCCUAAAAUAUGACCAGGGGUGCUUGGAUGUGUCGGAAGCAAGAUGACGGCUUAAAAAUCUGGUUUGCACCCCGAGAGAACGAGAAGCCAUUUACCGAGUCGGAGCGGGCCCAGAGAUGGCGCCUAUCGCUGGCCUCUCUUCUGUUCAUCACCGUCCUGCUCUCUGAUCACUUGUGGUUCUGCGCGGAGGCCAAACUGACGCGGACCCGAGACAAGCGGCAGGACAAGCGGCUCGCCUUUACGGACAUGGUCGAGUACCCAAACUCCACUCACCACCAUACCCCCUCCUCUGACCCCCAUUCCCCCCACGGCCCCCUUGCCAGAAAGCCAGAUGUUAUUUUUAUAGGGAAUUCUACCAAACCUCUGUGGCGACUGGACACCUGUCACCCGGACAGCUUGUCCAAAGACUGCUUCACUUUCACGGACGCAGAGCCCGUCUGCCUGGGCCUCUCCGGGGGCGGGGAGAGGACGCAGUCGGCGGACUUGAAUCUGAGCGAUUUGUAUCUUUCUUUUUGUAAUUCCUACUCUCUUUUGGAUUUGUUUAACGGGUUUACAAGUCCGGACAAUAUAAACUGCAGCCUGGACGUGGCUGAGGGUGACACGUUGGGAUGCAGCAAGUGUGUCCGGGUUUACCAGCGCUUUGACCGGCAAGCUCAGGAGGACUACCGGGAGUUUGAGCAGUUGGUUGAGAAAUAUGAGACUGAUGAAUACUCGGUCAGGACAUGUAUGGAGGAAUGCAAGAUGGUAUAUAAGCCCUGGCUGUGCUCACAGUACUUCCAGACCACACAGAUGCACUGCAGUAAGAGGAUCCCGUGUGGCCAGUACUGUCUGGAGGUGCAGCAGAGGUGUCCCUUCAUCCUUCCUGACAACGACGAUCUCAUCCACGGAGGAAGCCCCAGUUUUAUAUGCACAGGGCUGUUGGAGGAGUACCAUGGGGGCGUGGAUGCAGACACGGAGUGCUGUGAUGUUCGGUGGGACUUCCAGACAGAAGAUGACAACAACCAUUCCCGGGGGACCCUCAAAAGAACUCACCCAUCCUGUCACCACCGUACCUCUCUCAGUUCCUCGGCCGUGUGCAGAGUGUGCAACAGCCGGCUCAAACUCUGCCUGCUAGUCCUUGUCCUCCUGCACACUGUCGCCUCCCUAACCGCAUCCCACAAUGCAACAGGGCUGGGCCUCCCUGCCUCACUCGCCCCUCUGGAGGAGAGCUCCCCCGCCAACGAGGAGUGAUGGGAUGGCCGAUGAUGUCACGACAAUAUGAAACAUCUCCGCCUCGGUCGGGAAUGCUAUGUGCUGUUGGCUAGACGUCUGCAGCCGCUGUGCUUUCUGGGUAAUUGAGUCUUUGCAGAGGUGUUGGACUACUUAUAAAUGGAAGACAUGCAAAUCAAUCAAAGCAAACAGACUUACAAGCAAAGAGACAAAAACAUGACAGUGUCAGGAAAAUGGGACAAUGCAGCAGCCUUUGUUGAGUAGGAAGGCCUCCUCACUGCUGAGUUUCUCUCGCUGUGCUUUUUUACACUGUUUCCCUGUUCUGGCUUUCUGUUGCACUGGCUGACUACCGGAUAACACUCACUGUCCACUUAGAAUGUCCAUCCUUUAUGUUGUUCCUUUAUGGGUCUCUUGUGCAGGAAGGAAAUGUCUCAUUGAUAUAGGAUAGAUAACAUCAAAAAGCAAAGUUGUGAGUGUAUGCGUAUUUGUGUGUGUGUGAUUGUGUGUGGGUGUCUACUCUGAAGUCUCCACUCAUUUGGGUUCCCAUUCCUAAAGCGGCUUUAGAUGUAGGAAAGGACACUAAAAUGUUAGAGUAGUAGUUUGCUCUCAUGGUUCUGUGUGGCUAAAUUGGUAGAGAAUGGUGUUUACACCACCAUGAUUGUGGGUUCGACUCCCACGGGGACCAGUAUGAAAAUGUAUGCACUUACUACUGUAAAUUGCUUUGGAUAAGAGCAUCUGCUACAAUGUAAACAAAUGAUCCUUGGUAAAAAUGAACGUACACCCAGACUACACUACUGGCCAGUGAUACAAUUGUAAUGCUUCUCAAUAUAGAAGACAACCCCUUGAUAUAGAAGUAUCCUACUAGCCUUUCUCUGUCCCUACCACAUGCUCUGUGUCUUCUCAGCCCAGCACUCCACACAUAGAAGGUCUACUGUUUGUCUAAUCAAAAUGUCUUACCUCUAUUCUGUACUUGCAUGUGGAGGCUCUCUUAAUGAUGUGAAAUUCACAGCCUUGUUGGUUUGCUUUACAUAGCCUUAGCCCCCCUCUGUGGCAGAGAACACUACUGCACCCCCAAAACACCACCAGUAAGGUAGCAUGUCCUCUGCUUUCUUCAACUAAUGUUACUUAUCUCACAUUGUGUAAAGGGCUUAUUUCUACAUACAAACACAGACAAAAAUGUGCUUGAGGUAUGGCUUCAGGUAUCUCAGUUCACACUGCAUGCUUAGGGGUAUACCUUUGCUUAAAAGGUGUUUAAUGUGUUGCUAUAGAGAGCGGGCAGGUGUAGGACCCAGUAUGUUUGAGGAGAAACGUUGGGCGGCACAGUAAGGCUGAGAAGCUCAAUGGCAUUAUGUUAACAUUACUGUUAGCAUUAUGGUUAGUGUGAGCUGGAAGAAAAGGCAAUAUUUAAGGGCUGUUUUUAUCAUUUCUUGUCCCUUUGUUUUCUAGCUGAUAAACUGAACUGAUAGAUAGUGGUGUCAGGUAUUUUAGGCCUAACAAAUGUAUGCUGAAUGCAGAAUUCUCCACUUUCAUGUCUGUUGAAUAUAUAUGUUAGCCUCCUAUUGCUAGGUCCGGCUUGUCAGAUUCUACUAGUCAACUACAGGUCCCACAAAUUGAGAAACAAAUAGAAAACUGGUUCUCCUCUCAUUCAUUGUUGCAUUCUCCAUUGUGAGAUCUGUCUGUUUACUUGUUGUCUCACUCAUAGUCAUGCUGCAUUCACGACCCUCGAAGUGUUGGGAAAUGCAACCUGUAGAGCAAUGGAGUUGUGUGCAUUCACAUGCUUUGAACUCGUUGAGAACACCAACAGGCUAACGUCAAACAAGCAACUUCAACCGUAAACAUACGUUCAUGCUCAAAAACAAAUUAUAGUGUUCAAAAACCAUCAUAUUGAUUGUUUUUGAUAAAUAAUGUUUUGUUGUUGCAUUUAACUGCCGAAAAUGCUGUCAUCAAAGUAUUUUCCUUAGGUGAUGUCAGAGUUCAGCAUGUCAUAGAAUUUGGGGUCCAGAGAUGAUACCUGAGUUGCAAGGCUGUAAUUAGGACUUGGAAGUUUAGAUUACUCCGAUAGGUUGUGAAUGCAGGAUCUGUUCAUUUGAACCCAUCAUCCCAUCAUUCCUGUCUCCUCUCUGGUUCCUUCAUCCCAUCAUUCCUGUCUCCUCUCUGGUUCCACCACCCCGUCAUUGCCGUUUCCUCUCUGGUUCCACUACCCCGUCAUUGCCGUUUCCUCUCUGGUUCCACCACCCCGUCAUUACCGUUUCCUCUCUGGUUCCACCACCCCGUCAUUGCCGUUUCCUCUCUGGUUCCACCACCCCGUCAUUACCGUUUCCUCUCUGGUUCCACCACCCCGUCAUUGCCGUUUCCUCUCUGGUUCCACCACCCCGUCAUUGCCGUUUCCUCUCUGGUUCCACCACCCUGUCAUUGCCAUUUCCUCUCUGGUUCCACCACCCCGUCAUUGCCGUUUCCUCUCUGGUUCCACCACCCCGUCAUUGCCGUUUCCUCUCUGGUUCCACCACCCUGUCAUUACCGUUUCCUCUCUGGUUCCACCACCCCGUCAUUGCCAUUUCCUCUCUGGUUCCACCACCCCGUCAUUGCCGUUUCCUCUCUGGUUCUACCACCCCGUCAUUGCCGUUUCCUCUCUGGUUCCACCACCCCGUCAUUGCCGUUUCCUCUCUGGUUCCACCACCCCGUCAUUGCCGUUUCCUCUCUGGUUCCACCACCCCGUCAUAGCCGUUUCCUCUCUGGUUCCACCACCUCGUCAUUGCCGUUUCCUCUCUGGUUCCACCACCCCGUCAUUGCCGUUUCCUCUCAGGUUCCAUGGCCUGUAAUUCCAUAGGCCAACAGUAGAUAGGGCUCUUGAAUAGGUUUAUUUCAAGAAUGUAUUAUAAAUUAUGAAUUAAAGGUAGAAUGUCAAAUGAAAUCCUAGCAAGAUUGGACCACUGGAAGAUGGGGUCAAAGAUAGUCAAAGCAGAUGCAUAAGGAUACAGGAGGCUGAGGUCUUCGGAACCUAGUGAUAAUGGAGGUGUGUGUGUGUAUGUUCGAGGGGCUUCUGGUGGCUCACUAAUUAGUCAGGUUCAGCACAGAGCCUGUCUUCUCUGGAGACCUCAUUAGCAUGGCUGUGCCAAGGGGCCUGCAGGUGUGGCGGAAAUUUCCUGUUUUUAGAUCCCUCAGGAGACACAACAUUAACUAGCCCCAUUAAUCACUUCUUCCUCUUCAUCAGCACCUAACACCCACUGUAAGUCAGCACACAGCAUACAUACACCUUCAUCAGCAUUACACCUACAAUAGAUCUGAACAUCAUCUUCUAGUAAACAGACUCGUUCUGUCCAUCUGAGAGAUGAGUGAAAAAGAGGUUGACAGAGAUUCAGAGGGAAGGUAGGGAUAUGGAGAAAAAACAUUAACAGAGGAUGAAAUGAGAAAGAGAGGGAGGAGUCACAAAGUGACAGAGGGGAGAGAGUGGAUGGUUGACAAAUCAAAAUGAACAAAGGGGACCCUAGGCCAAACCCUAAAUCAGCGAGUAUGUGAUGUUACAGUAUGCAAGAGAAUCCCACACAUGGCCAGAUUAAAGCCAUGGCCCUUUUGGAGAGCUCUAAAUAGUAUGUCCUGAGAGAAAAGAGAUAUUAUCACCAAAUAUAAGACUUCUCAGCAGCUACAAUACCAUUUAGUAAAAGUGCCCUAAAAAGGCUUAUGUUAGCAUGUUAGCUUCAGUGCUACCCUACUGCAUCAAGACAAUCCUUAUACUGUAUCUCCUGACUCUCACUCUUAUGUGUGACCCAUACCUUGUAGGAGUCUAACACGUUAGUAGGCUACUCCACCAAAAUGAGGCCCAGGAAUAUUCUAGGAAAAUUGCAUCUUGUCUUGCUCUUGAUUUUUCCAUGUUCCAUAUCUGAUAUAAGGUCAAGAUCCAAUGACCUUAUGGACCUUGGUGUGAUCUGACCCUGAACCAGUAUACAUUACAAUAGCUUUACAUCAACACACUAAGUCAUGCACAUGUAAAAGUCCCUUUUACAUGCAGUAAUGCAUCAUGUACUACCAAUGGCUAUCCUGGCUGAUGACCACAGUAUGUGUUCUCCAUGCCAUCUUUCACUGACUAUACUGUGCCAUAGACUCACCAUAAACAUUACUGUACACAAGCUUUCUCCAAAUAAAGAUAGACGUUAUGAAAUUCCAUGAAUAUACGUUUUUCUAAUUUCGAUAUGGUCAAUGCAGGCAUGUAUGCAACUCUGCUGUGAUUUGCUAGGUUUGAUUCCCUAUUAUGCUAAUGUGGUUUAAGGCCCUAUCAAUUCAAUCUAGAUCACAAUGACAUCGAUGUUGUACUGUAUGUACUAUAGACCUCCAAAUGAGUACCAUGACCCGAUCUAAAGACAUCACAUUUAUAGUGUUGUGUUCAUUGCACAUAAUUAUGUGUUCUUAUCCUGUCCCACUCUUCCGCUUGUGCCGCUGCCUUCAUAUACAGUUGAAGUUGGAAGUUUACAUACACUUAGGUUGAAGUCAUUAAAACUAGUUUUCAACCACUCCACAAAUUUCUUGUUAACAAACUAUAGUUUUGGCAAGUCGGUUAGGACACCAACUUUUUGCAUGACACAAGUAAUUUUUCUAACAAUUGUUUACAGACAGAUUAUUUCACUUAUAACUCACUGUAUCACAAUUCCACUGGGUCAGAAGUUUACAUACACUACGUUGACUGUGCCUUUAAAUAGCUUGGAAAAUUCCAGAAAAUGAUGUCAUGGCUUUAGAAGCUUCUGACAGGCUAAUUGACAUAAUUUGAGCCAAUUGGAGGUGUACCUGUGCAUGUAUUUCAAGGCCUACCUUCAAACGCCUCUUUGCUUGACAUCAUGGGAAAAUCAAAAGAAAUCAUCCAAGACCUCAGAAAAAUAAUUGUAGACCUCCACAAGUCUGGUACAUCGUUGGGAGCUAUUUCCAAACACCUGAAUGUACCACGUUCAUCUGUACAAACAAUAGUACGCAAGUAUUAACACCAUGGGACCACACAGCCGUCAUACCGCUCAGGAAGGAGAAGCGUUCUGUCUCCUCGAGAUGAAUGUACUUUGGUGCGAAAAGUGCAAAUCAAUCCCAGAACAACAGCAAAGGACCUUGUGAAGAUGCUGGAGGAAACAGGUACAGAAGUAUCUAUAUCCACAGUAAAACAAAUCCAAUAUCGACCUAACCUGAAAGGCCGCUCAGCAAGGAAAAAGCCACUACUCCAAAACAGCCAUAAAAAAGCCCGACUACGGUUUGCAACUGCACAUGGGGACAAAGAUCAUACUUUUUGGCGAAAUGUCCUCUGGUCUGAUGAAACAAAAAUAGAACUGUUUGGCCAUAAUGACCAUUCUUAUGUUUGGAGGAAAAAGGGGGAUGCUUGCAAGCCAAAUAACACCAUCCCAACCAUGAAGCACAGGGGUGGCAGCGUCAUGUUGUGGGGGUGCUUUGCUGCAGGAGAGACUGGUGCACUUCACAAAAUAGAUGGCAUCAUGAGGUAGGAAACUAUGUGGAUAUAUUGUAAGCAACAUCUCAAGACAUGGGUCUUCCAGAUGGACAAUGACCCCAAACAUACUUCCAAAGUUGUGACAAAAUGGCUUAAAGGACAACAAACUCAAGGUAUUGGAGUGGCCAUCACACAGCCCUGACCUCAAUCCUAUAGAACAUUUGUGGGCAGAAUUGAAAAAGUGUGUGCUAGCAAGGAGGCUUACAAACCUGACUCUGUUACACCAGCUUUGUCAGGAGGAAUGGGCCAAAAUGUAUCCAACUUAUUGUGGGAAGGUUAUGGAGGGCUACACUAAACGUUUGACCCAAGUUAAACAAUAUAAAGGCAAUGCUACCAAAUACUAAUUGUGUGUAUGUAAACUUCUGACACACUGGGAAUGGGAUGAAAGAAAUAAUAGCUGAAAUAAAUCAUUCUCUCUACUAUUAUUCUGACAUUUCACAUUCUUAAAAUAAAGUGGUGAUCCUCACUGACCUAAGACGGAAGUGUUACUAGGAUUAAAUAUUAGGAAUUGUGAAAAACUGAGUUGAAAUGUAUUUGGCUAAGGUGUAUGUGAACUUCCGACUUCAACUGUAAAUGUCUCUCUUUCUUUUUCUUUCUCUCACUCUCUCUUUUUAGCCAUGUUUUUGUUAUGUCCUGUGGAUCUAUGCAGAAGCCCAUUUCUUUUUUUGGUUGUAAAUAUGUUUCCUCGACUAUUGAACGAUGUAUCAUGUUAUGUCUUUGCUUCCAGGUUAUCUUGCGUUUUGAGUUGAUGUCAUAUUUCUUUACUCUUCUUCUUUUAUUGUUUUCCCCCUUGAGCGUCUGAAAUCAUUUGUUGCGUUUUUGUUGAAGUAGGAAGAGAAUGCGAUGGGGCUUAACCAAUAGAAUUGUCCUCAGAUUCACAUGUUUAUUGAGAGAGGAUAUGGGACUGUGUGUGGGAGAGAGAGAGAGAAAGACAGCUAUAUGAUUAUAAAAAAGGUUCAAAGGCAUAUAGAAGUAUCAUUACAGUUAUGGUUAUUAUGAUUACUAUUAUACUACCGGUAUAUUGUAAUAUUAUAGAUGCUUUAGUUCAGUAACUUCUUUAAUUUUUUUUACAAACGACUUUGAUGAAAUGAUUUAUAAAACAAUCUCACAAGUCAUGAUCUUUUGGAAAAGUAUCAAAACUACUGCUACAAUGAUGAAAUUGUCUUCUGAUUGAAAUAAAUGCAGACAUGUAAUAUGUU